GAUAAAGCAACAUGAUUGUAUUAUUCUUAUUGUGUACAUUGCUUGUUUUUACUAUUGUAUUUAGAUUCAGGAGACGUAGGUUAUACGAAUUAGCAGCGCUCCUACCUGGAACAAAAUCUGCACACCCUGUAUUAGGUGUCAUACCUCUUUUGAUAGGCAAUAGUGAGGCUACAAUGACCAGUUUGCAAGAUUUCUCUUAUGAAAUUAUGGAACCUGGAAUCGGGAAAGGUUGGCUGAAUCAUAUCUUAUAUAUUUUGGUGGUAAACCCUGAAGAUAUAGAAAUGAUAACGAAAACUUGUUUAGAAAAAGAUGACUUGCACCGAUUUUUUAGAAGACUCCUUGGGUAUGGAGGCAUAUUUGCACCAGUUUCAAUUUGGAGACGGAGGCGAAAAAUUUUAGUUCCUACAUUCAGCCCGAAAAUUCUUAAAAAUUUUGUUGAUAUUUUUGCUCAGCAAAGUAAUAAACUUGCGGACAAAUUAUAUGACAAAACAUCCAAAACUCCUUUUAGUAUUUGGCCUUUUCUAGUGUCUUACAAUUUGGACUCAGUUGGCGAAUCUGUAAUGGGAGUACGGUUAAAUUCACAAAAUAUCCACUCUUAUUCACCAUUUCUUAAUUCGAUGACAACAAUACUCAAUAUCACGUGUGAGAGAAUCUUUCGUUUGUGGUGGCAUCCGGAAUGUCUAUUUAGGUGUUUCCCAAUAUAUUCCAUCCAUGAAAAGUGUAUAAAAUUAUUGCAUAGCUUUGUUGACAAGGUUAUUGAAACAAAAGCGAUAGAGUUGCAGAAGGACAAAAUGAGUCAACAGAAUGAAUGUCAUCAUUUUGAUCUUCAGGAAUUUCAAAAAAAAUCUUUUCUGGAAAAUUUAAUAAAUCUGUCUGGUGGAGCUCAAAAUUUAACAAAUGACGAGUUAAGAGAAGAAAUUUUAACUUUAAUUGUGGCAGCUACAGACACCUCAGCUGUAGCAAUGGGAUAUACUCUUAUAUUGUUAGGAAAAUAUCCAAAGAUACAAGAUAAAGUCUACAAAGAGUUAAACGAAAUUUUUGGAAAUUCCAAUCGUCCUUUAGAAAGUGAAGAUUUAAAUAAAUUAAAAUAUCUAGAAAGAGUUAUCAAAGAGUCUUUAAGAUUAUACCCUCCUGUACCUUUUAUUAUAAGGAAAAUAGAGAAAGAAAUAAAAUUACCGUCAGGAAACUGUCUCCCGGCGGGUAGCGGGGCGGUGUUAUCUAUUUGGGGAGUCCACCGAAAUCCCAAAUGUUGGGGUGCAGACGCUGAGCACUUCGACCCUGAUAGAUUUCUACCAGAGCGUUUUAAAUUAGUGAAAAGUGGUAGCUAUUUACCCUUUAGCAUUGGACCACGCAAUUGUCUUGGAUACCAAUACGCUCUGAUGUCUAUCAAAACAGCUUUAUCUACAAUACUUCGCAAUUAUAAAGUACUAGGAGAACCAGAAUCCUCACCCAUACCUCGGAUAAGAGUCAAGAUGGAGAUCAUGAUGAAAGCUGUAGAUGGAUUUAAUGUAACAUUGCAAAAGAGAGAGUGAAAGACGACUGCUUAGGAAUAUCUUUAACAGAAAUCAUAAAUUAAACGAAUACAUAAAUGGUAAAAUGUAAAAUAUAUAUGUUAAUAGUAAAAUGUUAUUUUUAAAAAUAUUACUUGAGUUUAAUAUUUUAAGUGGGAUUAGUUUCUCAAGCAAUAUUUUACAAAUUUUGCUCUCAUUUUAUGACUCUUUAUUUGUAAAGGCUAUAAAUACGAAUUAUUUGAAUUUCAAAAAAUUAUUAUGUUUAAAUUGUGAAAUUUUAGUUAAAAUCUGAAUUAAGUGCUUUUAAGAUAAAACAAUUGGUCCUAACUGGAAAAAGUCGGAGCCCAAAAAUAUUUUUUUUUCAUUAAUAUAUAAUUAAUACCAUGCUGAACUUUUAGGACGAGUAAUAAAUAAAUUUUGUUGAUGGUCCACAGACUACAUUCAAUAAUAUUCUGCAAGAAUUUAGAUGUUCACUAUCUGUGUGGGAAUUUUUUUAUGCUCUGUUUUUAUAGGAACUGUGCUGGAAUUGAUUAUAACUCACACACUCGUUCUGUUAUAUAGAAGACAACAAUGUUUGUGUUAGAGAAAUCUAAUAGGCUUACCAUAAUGUACGCUUCUUAAUUGAUCUUAUAUAAUUUGUUUAAACUGUUCAAAAACGGAUACGUGAAGUGCAGCAUCUGUUUACUAGUAUCUCUAUGUGAAGGUAUACAAAAAAAAUUAAUUUAAAUGAAUCUAAUAUUUUUCGGAUAUACUGCGCGUGCUUUAUUUUUAUAAAAAAACUACAUACUCCCGACGUUUCGGUUACUUUUCAGCAACCGUGAUCACGGCCAGACGAGAUGUGAAUGUCUGUUAGUUGGUCCUGUUAUUUAUCAUCUACCGCCAUCGAUUUCUUAAUUUUCUGACGUACCGCUCUGGACUCGUAGUAUAUCCGAUAAAUAUUAGUCACAUUUAAAUGAAUAAAACUCGCGAAGUUCUUAGAUCUCA